GGCUCUUGAUUCAAGAAAGAAUCAUCCGUGCUCUAAACAAUACAUGCAAGCGAACAGGAGUCUCCUGUGAUGAAAAAAAAGCCUCUGAAAAAGAAUGGACCAGUGAAAAGUCCUCCCCUGCUUCUCCGUAUCGUUUUCCGAAUUAGGUUUUUUGGGUGUCUCCAUCCUUGCCCCACGCAAAAACCCCAAAUGCAGCCUGAAUGCAACAAGCGGCGUCCAUCCCGACUUGACAAACAUCCAAUCUCUUGAACGUGAUCAGCAUCUCAACGAAUCGGCGUGUUACAACCACGCAUCUCGCAAAUUUCGUGAUGCCUCCUACUCAACUCCCCGAGUCGGGGAACCCCCUCGUCUUCUUCGACAUCACCAUCGGAGGUGAACCCCUCGGCCGCAUCACCUUUGAGCUAUUCAAAGAUGUCGUGCCAAAGACUGCCGAAAACUUUCGCCAGUUCUGUACCGGCGAGUCCAAGAACCCUGCUGGUCGACCCCAGGGCUACAAGGGCUCCAAGUUUCACCGCAUAAUCCCCAACUUCAUGUGUCAGGGCGGUGAUUUCCUUAACGGAGAUGGCACCGGUUCGACGUGUAUCUGGGGCUUCAAGUCCUUUGAGGAUGAGAACUUUACCCUCAAGCAUGACCGACCUGGUCUGCUCUCCAUGGCUAAUGCCGGCCCCAACACCAACGGCUCCCAAUUCUUCAUCACCACCGUCCCUACUCCUUUCCUCGACAACAAGCACGUCGUCUUUGGCAAGGUUGUCGACGGCAUGGACGUUGUAAAGAAGAUGGAGGCCACCAAGACGGGUUACCGUGGCAAGGACGUCCCCAACUUAGACGUGGUGAUUGCUCAGUGUGGUGAGAUGUAAUUGUCGUCGGAU